UCAAGCCGUAGAUUAGUUGCUCAGACAGUAAAUUACCUUGUAGGUACAUGUCUAAGGUGACUCGCCGCAGCAAGGACUAUGUCGAAGAGCUGAAUCUCAACACCAUUCUAUCCAAGUUCAACAGGAGGUACACUAGUAGAAGCUGUGCUACGGCGACGCGGUUAAUGACACAAGCUGCGCUGACCAGGACAGCCGGUAUCUUUUGUCUGGUCGACUUCCAGCUUUCUACUGUCCACGGUCAAUACUGUCUCAACUCGUGGACAAGAUGUUCAAACUGGGACGCUCCAGCUUGGGCCCGGCCUUUAAGGCCUUCAGGGCGACCCCAAUGCGGAGCUCAUUGCAACAAAAGAGGAACCUGAGCAUUCACGAAUACCUCUCUGCGAGGCUUCUGAAAUCUUACGGUAUCGGUGUUCCAGAUGGCGAGGUUGCCAAAACACCAGAGGAGGCCGAGGCUGUUGCGAAGAAGAUUGCCGGAGAUGAUAUGGUCAUCAAGGCACAAGUCCUCGCCGGCGGUCGAGGCAAGGGUACAUUCGACAACGGGCUGAAAGGCGGUGUUAGAGUCAUCUACUCGCCGACGGAAGCGAAGAUGUUUGCGGAACAGAUGAUCGGCCACAAACUCUUUACCAAACAGACUGGCAGUCGCGGUCGCAUCUGCAAUUCGGUAUACAUCUGUGAGCGCAAAUUCGCCCGCCGCGAGUUCUACUUGGCCGUCCUGAUGGAUCGAUCCACACAGUCGCCCGUCAUCGUCGCGUCGUCGCAGGGCGGUAUGGACAUUGAGACUGUCGCCAAGGAGACCCCGGACGCCAUCAUUACCACGCCCAUUGACAUCAACGUUGGGGUCACUGAUGAGAUUGGAAGAAACAUCGCGACCGAAUUGGGCUUCAGUGAACAGUGCAUUGAAGACGCCAAAAACACCAUCCAGAAACUGUACCAGGUCUUUAUGGAGAAGGAUGCCACACAGAUUGAGAUCAACCCUCUCAGCGAGACCAGUGACCAUCAAGUGUUGUGCAUGGACGCCAAACUCAAUUUCGACGACAACGCCGAGUUCCGGCAAAAGGAGAUCUUCAGCUGGCGAGAUACCUCUCAAGAGGAUCCUGAUGAGGUCAAGGCUGCAGAGUUCGGUCUUAACUUUAUCAAAUUGGACGGUGAUAUUGGCUGCCUGGUCAAUGGCGCUGGUCUCGCCAUGGCCACGAUGGACAUUAUCAAACUGAAUGGCGGCUCGCCGGCCAAUUUCUUGGACGUGGGCGGUGGUGCCACCCCCGAAGCCAUUCGGUCCGCGUUCGAACUCAUCACCAACGACCCUAAGGUCACGGCGAUCUUUGUUAACAUCUUCGGUGGCAUUGUCAGAUGUGACGCCAUUGCUUCAGGGUUGAUUCACGUGGUCCAACAGAUGAAUCUCAGAUUACCCAUUGUGUGCCGGUUGCAAGGCACCAACAUGGAGAAGGCCGCCGAGCUGGUGAACAACUCUGGGCUCAAGAUUUUCUCCAUCACCGAUCUCCAAGACGCGGCCGCCAAGGCCGUGGAUUUCUCCAAAAUCGUCAAGAUGGCCCGGGAUAUCGAUGUCGGCGUGGAAUUCACUCUUGGUAUCUGAGCUCCGUGCUGGCUUUCGCGUCGAAAUGGGUUGAUAGUCCACAGGGUAAUCGCCCGGUCCUUUGACUGUGCUCGCCCACUACGGCCGAGGAGAAGAGGUUGCAGCAGAUUGCGACAUUUUUGGACCGGCAUUUUUUCAAGACUUUUGAGUUCGACCCUUUGAUGAAUUAGUAUCAUCCCAUGGAAAGCCCCCGAUGGAGUUUCGAUUUGUUGUUUACCGUUCUGUCCCGAAAAUGUUAACUAUUACAACAACCCGCCUUUGGCCCACAAGAGACCGGUUUCCGUUCCUUUGAUAUCGUAGCUUUGUACUGCCUGCCUUAAUGUAGCGAUAGGGCGGACUGCCAGUGGACUUGAAUAGAUUCUAGAACCUUUCACACCCAGGCAGUGGCAGUGAAGGGUCGUGCGGAGGCAUACACUGCCGAUA